AUGCAAGCAAUGCCACAGGAGAAGAGGAAGAAAACUGAGGAGGAAGUCGCCGGAGAAGAUGAAACGGAAGCGAAUCCGGAAGGUUUGAAGUUGAGGAAGGACUCAGCUGGAAAUUUCUGGGCAGAGCUGUCCGACCCCAAAGAAAAGAGAGGAGGGAAGACCCAAAAGAGGAUAACUGUCAACAAAUUUAAGGGGAAUGUAAAUAUCCACCUGAGGGAAUAUUAUGAGAAAGACGGGGAUUUUCUUCCUGGGAAAGCCGGUAUUGCAUUGAGUCAAGAACAAUGGAAACUGGCCAUUUCUCUGGCGGAGCAAGUGAAGGAAGCGGUGAAGGCACUAGAAAAAGAAUGA